AUGAGCAGGAUCUUUGACGUGGCAGAAGGUAACGUUACCUCUUAUCCAAGAAAGAAUGCAUCACUUGAUGUUAACAUUCAGAUUGGUGUUUUAGUGGCCAAACACAACAACUAUCGCAGUUGCUGGGUUGUUCUGUACGGAAAGGUUUAUGAUUUUAUUUCCAUUUCAAAGGUUACCGACUUCAUCUCAAGUCACCCAGGAGGUGCGAACGUGAUUCUCAAGUGGGCGGGCAAAGACGCAACGGAGGAAUUCGACCCAGUCCAUCCAUCAGGCACGCUGGAGGACAAUCUGAGACCCGAAGCUCUGCUGGGAUCAAUUGAUCCUGCUAGAGUGGUGAAAUCGGACCCGCGGUCUGAUUCUUCUGUACAGAUCGAGCAGGAUCCACCCCUGCAAAGCCUUCUCAAUAUGGACGACUUCGAGCAGCUUGCCACGAAGAAAUUGAGUAAGAAGGCGUGGGCCUACUACUACUCAGCUGCCGAUGACAAGAUUAGCAAAAGCCUCAAUACUCAGGCGUUCAGGUCAAUUCUUUUGCGACCAAGAGUCUUCAUCGAUUGUACUGAAUGCAAUUUAGAGACUCGAUUAUUGGGUAAUCAAGUAUCACUGCCCAUCUACGUCUCGCCCGCCGCGCAAGCCCGGUUGGGACAUUCCUCAGGAGAGGCUGGGAUUGCCGAGGCCUGUAGGAGUCUUGGUGCUCUGCAGAUCAUCUCCAACAGUGCUUCAAUGACACCAGAACAGAUUGUGGCGAAUGCCUCACGGGAGCAAACAUUCGGGUGGCAGCUGUAUAUCCAAGAUGACCGAGCGAAAAGUGAGAGAAUGGUCGCUCGCGUGAACAAGUUGAACGCCAUCAAGUUCAUUGUCCUGACUCUUGAUUCAACCGUCAUGGGCAAACGCGAGGACGACCAGCGCUUUGGCAAUGUCAUUGACGAGAUUACCGAGGUGUCAUACUCCAAGGGCUCCAAGGAAAGCAUAGAGAAAAAAGCCUUUGCGGGAAUGGACCCGUCCAUCACUUGGACCGAGACCCUUGCCUGGUUGCAAACACGCACUCAUCUGCCGAUUGUACUCAAGGGUAUCCAGACACACGAAGACGCGUACAUCGCAAGUUUGCACCGAUUGCAGGUGAAAGGGAUCAUUCUCUCCAACCACGGAGGAAGAUCACUUGACACUGCUCCGCCUGCUGUGCACACUUUGUUCGAGAUGCGAAAGUACUGUCCCGAGGUCUUCGACAAAUUGGAGGUCUGGGUCGAUGGAGGCGUCAGAAGGGGGACAGAUGUGGUCAAGGCACUAUGCCUGGGUGCUAGAGGCGUCGGUAUCGGUCGGCCGCCUCUGUGGGGACUGGCGGCUGGAGGUGUUGAGGGUGUGAAGAGGACAUUGCAGAUUCUCGCCGAUGAGACGAAGACUUGUAUGCGGCUACUUGGGGUGCAAAGAGUCGAUCAAUUGGGAAUGCAUCACGUAAGUAAAAGCAGACACAGUGAAUUGGAGCACGCGGUUCUUUGCCGUCUUUCACUAAGAGAAGAAACUUCAACGCAGAUCAAUACACGACUUUUAGAGCAACAGGUAUAUGAUGGGCCCUCUGGACUGGGACAAUGCAGGGCACAGUUCUCCUCCAAGUUGUAG